UUUUAUCAGUUUGUUCUUGUUAUAUCCUUAAUUGAUCUUCUUAUUCAUUUAUUUUUGUUUUCAGGUGACAAGCGUGGGAACAGUAAAAUUCUCUUUCCAGAAUAUGAACUAGUAAUUGAGACAGAACCAGAUGAAAAUGAGGAAAUUGAGAAAAGUGAAAAGGACAGAUUAGAUGAAUUCAAACAGUUUAUGAAAACAAAUGAGCUGCUCACAGAUAUGGGAAGUGACAAAGAAUUAGAAUCCUUAGCUUCCCUUGGAAAGGAAGCUUUACUUGCCGAUAAACAGUUUAGGAAAUUCAAAAAGAGAAUUGCCAGAGAACCCAAACAGGUUUUGCGCUAUCACCAAAAUGGUGAACCACUCUGGGUCUCUGAUGAAGGCAAGCCCAGCAAAGAUGACAUUCCAAGAUGUAAAUGUGGGUCUGAAAGGGUGUUUGAAUUUCAGAUUAUGCCUCAGUUGCUAAACUAUUUGCAUGUGGACAGUCUUGAAGAAAGUGCUGAUUGGGGAACAUUACUUGUGUACACUUGUGCUCAAAGUUGUGGUGAUGGAAGUUCAUAUCAAACUGAGUAUAUCUGGAAACAAAACUUUGCAGACACAGGGAUACCAAUUACUGCUUUAGGAACUGGUUGAGGGGUUUCAGAGUUUCAUACUAACCAUGUUCACAGGCACAACUAUUUAUUGCAUGAAAAUUAAUUUUUGCCUGGUUUCCUUUUUUU